AUGACUCCCAAUCAUUUGUCAUCUCAAAGAAUUCUAUUAUUCAAAAAAGAGGUUGUGGGAUACCUUGAUGAGGCAAAAUCCAUUAAGCUAAAGCUCACGAGCGGACCUAAACAACUGCGGGUUGUCACCAUUGUGGGUAUGCCCGGCCAAGGUAAGACUACCUUGGCUGCGAAAGUUUACAAUGAUCCUUCUGUUGUGUGCCAUUUUUCUAUUCGUGCACAUAUGGCUAUGUCAAAAAUAUUUGACAAAAGGAGAGUCCUCCUCGACCUCUUAGGUCAAAUUGAUCCCAAAAAAUGUUCUAGGACUACUUCUGAUCAGGAUUUAGUCCAGAAUCUGUGGCGCAGUUUAAAAGGAAGGUCAUAUCUUAUCUUCUUGGAUGAUGGAUGGGAUGUUGAAGCCUGGAGCAGCUUAAAAGAAGCAUUUCCUGAGGAUCACGCGGCUAGCAGAAUUAUCACGACAAGCUGUAAACAAUAUCUUGCUCCCAAUGAAGAUCUUCACGUACUCAGACCAUUGAAUGAAGAAGAGAGCCUAGACUUAUUGCAGAGACAGUUACUUGGAGGAAUUGGUUGGCCCUGGAUUACGUGA